AUGCCGAAAUCAUCUUCUGAUUCAAAUUCCACUGAUGAGAAAAAUAUCAACAAUAAGGAAAAAAUGCCCAAAAAACAUUCCCGAAUGUCGACCAUUCCAAUGGUCAAUCGACAGGCAGUGGAAAUUCUGGAAGAAUUUCUGAAAAAGCACCAAGAAAGUCUGAAAGACAUUACUCCAAUGAAUUCACUUUAUCAGAAAGUCUCUGAGCUGGAAGUGAACGAGGAAAAACCAAAUUUGAGACGCAACCAGAGUUACCGUGCUGCUUCACACGAAUCAUUGCUUAGCAAUGAAAAUGAAUCUUUCCAGAACACCUUGUUUGAAGAAGAACUUAAUACCUACACGGCACCCCUUGCCAGUGAUGAAGCUUCAGAUUCAACAGUUGAAUCUCCAGUGUCAGCCCCUGAGGCCACUUACUACAAAAGAAAAUCUAGUGCUGACUCGUCAAGCUCGGACAGUUCUGAAUGGGCCUCUGAGAAGCGGCACAAGAAGAGUUUCUUCAAGCGAGCUCGGGAAAGGCUGAAAUCACUCCACCGAAGUGGGAGAAAGUCACUCUCUUUAGGACGAAAAGACAAAGACGUAGAACUUGCACAGAAGCAGAUCUACAGACGUUCUUAUUCAGAUUCUAAUGAAAAGUGCAUCCAUGUCACAAAGGAAGAGUCAAAGGAAGAUGAGAAGAGUCUGACUACAAAAGUAUUUAAUGAAGUGAUAUCAAUGGAAGGAGGAUCUGAGGAUUUUUGCUGCCAAGUUGGGUCUGCAAAGGAGCGGAAACACCUACACUUGAACAUCAAUCCUGUCUUUGCAAAGGAGCUACCUGCUACAGGGAAUUUUGAUUUUGAAUCUGAACACUAUGAGACUGUGACCACGAUUAAGACCCCUGAUGGGCAAACACACCGUGAUAGGGUUAUUGAACACCAUGAACAUUUAACUGAUCAGUUGGAAACAGAUCAGUCUGAUGAGAUUGUGAUGGAAGGAGAUCAAGUUGAUGGUGCUGUUGGUGGAGCCAUUGAGGAUGAUAGUGAGCAAAACAAAAUGGCACUGUAUAAAAGAGUGGCAAGUAAACUUGCCAUCAUGGCUGAUGAAUACAUUCAAUCAGAUUCUGAAGGAGCCUGCUCUGCUUCUGAAAUUCCAGUGCCAGACACCUCUGAACUAACAGAGUUGGAAAAAGAAAUAGUCGACCAUCUUUUGUCAAUUCAAGGAAAUACACCAUUUCCAUCAGUUGCAGCAAUGGAAAUUUUGAAACAGUUGACUUACAAUAAUUUCAAACAGAUUGUUGAAGCUUACACAAAAAAUAAAAAUGGAUUCCAGGAGGUUGUGACAUUAUUCAUGUUAUCUAAAGCUGCCAUUAGCCUUGUUGGUGCUGGUCGAGCAUUAGCAAGUCAAGUCAAGGAUCUUACUUUGCAAUACUUUGAGGAUAAAUGUGCUGCAUACAUUGUUGAGAGAGGAGGCUGGGAUUCUGUUUUGGAGGACACUGAUGAGGACACUGAAAAUAAAGAUUCAGAACAAAAAUAA